AUGACUAGGUUGGUUUCCAUUAGGGAGGCUACUGAAAAGUAUCCUAGACCUUUAUGUCCAAGGAUACAGAAGUUGUCUGAAAUUGUUAGUCAAUCCAAUAAUGUAUGGCCAAUAUAUGCUGGAAACGAGAAGUAUGAGGUAGACUUUGGAUUAGGCAAUAAGCAUGUGGUUGACCUCUUUAACUCCUCUCGUUCAUACAGAAAAUGGGACUUGUCAGGAAUCUCAUGUAAACAUGUUGUUUCUUGCAUACAACUACCGGUUGUGAGCCCUGAAACUUAUGUCAAUACAUGUUAUACUGUCACUACCCAGUUGAAUAUUUACAGCCACUUGAUUAACCCUGUAAAAAGUCCUAUGCAAUGGGAACAUGUGAAGGACAUGGAAUCCAUUCUUCCUCCCAUGAUUAGAAGGCCCCCAGAAAGACCCAAACAAACAAGGAGGAAGGAAGUCGAUGAAGCAAGAAAAAGUGGACAAAAUUAA